GUCAUUCUCGAUCGAACGAAGCGCGCGCGCGGUCCUCCCGCGCUUUUUGACAAUCACAACUGUUUUUAAUCUGUGUAACUUUUUUUUUUACUAAGUGAACGCAUUGAACUGAAGUGGAGCGAUCUGUGAAAUGAAGCCGUUAUUCUUAGUUUUGCUGGUAGCAGUUGGUCUUACCAACGCACGAUGGAUGAGAAAACAGCGAUCAGAUCAACCUAAGGACACUAGUUUUAUUGGAGAGGCUACCAAUGAACUUUCUACAACUAUUUUACAGGGAUACAUUGACGAUGAAAAGGAUAUUGCAUUCUCUCCCCUUGGCUACUCAGCCAUCCUCGCCAUCCUCGCCGAAGGUGCAAAAGGCGAAACAAGAAAUCAACUUGUGUCAGCUCUCCACUUACCUGAAGAUCAAAAUCUUACAAGAAAAACUUAUCGAUAUAUCAUGGAACGGCUAAAAUAUAGAAACCAAUACAAAUACAACCAACCAGAGUUGAAAAACUUCUUCUAUAUUUAUAAAAACUAUACAAUCAAUGAAGAUUACAAAAAGAUUUUAGAAGAUUUCUACUUGACUGAUGUAAGAUCAGUUGAAAAGCAUCACAUGCUUGAAGAACCAGAAGACCAUGAAGAUGAAAAAGAAAAGAAAGAUGCACAAAAGAUGGAAGAAGUCGCUGACCUUAUGCCACCAAAGGAAUCCAACGAAAAAUUGAUUUCAUAUGCCGUUGAAGAUGUUCCAACUAAAGUCGAUAUAUCUCAUAUCGACUACAAGCCUGCUAAAAAUAUUAAAGAAAAAAUUAAGUACGUCAAAAGCUCUCAAGAUACAAAGAAAUAUGAAAAUGAUGAUGAAGAAGAAACAAUGGUGGCAGUAGAAGCUAGAAACCACGCGAGGAGCCUUGAUUAUACGAGUAGAGUUCUUAAUGAGAAAAACGACAUCGCUUCAAGCAUUUCCGUCAACAGUGUUGGAGAAAAAACCAGCAAAUCAACAAGCUCUUUGAUGCUCAUCUUUAACGGCAUGUACUUCCGCGGUUCUUGGAAGAAGCCUUUCGACCAAGUGGAACCCGGUGUUUUCUACAAAUCUAACACGGAAAAGAAGCAAGUACAAAUGAUGAAGACACGUGGUAGUUUCAAUACCAACUCCUUCCCUGAAUUGGAUAGUGAAGCUAUACUUUUGCCUUACGAUGGUGACCGCUAUGCUCUUCUAUUGCUAGUGCCACGCUCGAGAGACGGUCUGGUUAGACUUAUUGCUGAUCUACCAACAGUGCCACUAUCGGAAAUACAGGAACGACUACGUGAAGAGGAAUUGCAAGUUUCAUUGCCCACAUUCUAUGUGGAUACCACUACUAAACCUGUAGCUGCUUUGGCAAAGUUCGGAGUAAGCAGUAUCUUCAGUCGGGAUGCUGAGUUAACAGGAAUAUCCGCAAAAGAAGGCUUGUUCGUUCAGGAACUUGUACAGAAUGUUGCUGUACGUGUAGACAACACUGACGCAUCAGCAAGUUUGUUCGGAGUUAGUAACGUCGUUGAGGAAUUGGAAGCUCUGGAGUCGCUAAAGAAUCUCCCUCUUCAAGAAACGAAGGAACCGCGCCGCUUCUGUGUUGAACAUCCAUUCGUUUUCUAUAUCGUGGAUCGCUUGGACAAUCUUGUAGUAGUUGCUGGAAAGGUCACUGACCCACAGACACCAUCUGAGAAUUAAAACUACAAAUUCGGAUUAUUAAAAUACCCCUUUCAAUGGCAACUUCCCUUUGUCUUUUAA